AUGUGCUCUGAAUGGCACACACAUUCACUUUUUCUGGAAGUGAAACCACGCGCCGAACUAGCGGCGCUGUUCGUCGACUGCCCUCAAGAUGAACACGAUAGUGGUGAUACUGGAGAUGAAGAUGGGGAUGGCAAUAAAAAAAAUGAAUCGUUGAAUUUGGUUCGAGUUAGCGAACAUGGUGUGGAGUUAGGAGUGCCACUUGACAUAGCCGAAAGUAUGGGAAUGAAGCAAAAAUUGCCUCGGUACCAUGCUAAAAUCUCAAAUCUCACCUUAUAUCCACAAUCACUCUGCGCACCCUCUUGGGCUGAUAAUAAUCGACUUUUUACCUGUAAGCUUCAUGUUGAAGGUGAAGGAUUGCCACUUGUGCCAAAAACAUUUCAUCGCCUUGCUAGUGAUAUAAGCAAUACGGAAGAGCUGCAGGAGUACUGCAAAAACGCUGCUGGCGCAAGUGUUUCUCUCGAAUGCGCUCAAUGUGGCAGGCCAAUUGUGGAAACGAAACCUGGAGAUGUAACACUUUCAUGCAUGCCAAGUGAUGAUUGGCUUGAAACAUCACCGUCUGCUGAUUACUACUGCCGUGACUCAUGUGGAGCUGGAUGUGACCCAGAGCGGCAUAGUAAGAAACGUGAUGGAACGGAAUCAGGGAACAUGCAUCCGGAUUGGUUCCCUACCAUCAACCGAUUCUUACUCAGUCACUCUUAUGUUGUAGUGAAUAAAGAGAGUUUGUUUGAUCCCGAAAUGUGCCAUGACAGCAAAUUUCUUAUGUGUCGAGGUUGCGACGCGGAGCUGGGGACAGUAGUGAAAAAUUGCGACCAAAUUAUGCUCUUCCAUCAUGCUGUUUGCACGUUGUCCGUGAAUUCGAAGUCGUUUAUCAAGACAAGCUUGUCCAAGAUGCAUAUUUUAUCGUUGUUCAGGAUAACCAUUCCCUCCACUAAAACGGUUUUCGGCAGCUCACUGGGUGAACGGGUAGUGUCAAAAGUGCUGAGGUCACAACAGGUUCGAUGUUUGGCAGUACCGGGUGGGAAAGAAGUUUUCAAGCGUAACAAACCUCAUCUGAACGUUGGUACUAUCGGUCACGUUGAUCAUGGAAAGACCACAUUGACAUCGGCAAUUACCAAAGUCUUAGCCACGUCGAAAGGUGCCAAGUUUAGAAAAUAUGAGGAUAUUGACAACGCACCUGAAGAGAAGGCAAGAGGUAUCACUAUAAACGCCUUUCAUCUUGAAUAUGAAACCGCGAAGCGUCACUAUGCACAUAUUGAUUGUCCUGGACAUGCUGAUUACAUCAAGAACAUGAUCACCGGAGCAGCACAAAUGGAAGGAGCGAUCCUUGUCGUUGCGGCCACCGAUGGCGCAAUGCCACAGACUCGUGAGCAUCUCCUUCUCGCCCAUCAAGUUGGAAUUCCUCGUGAAAAUGUCGCAGUGUAUUUGAACAAGGUUGAUGAAGUUCCGGACCAAGAGACCCGUGAGUUAGUUGAAAUGGAAAUCCGUGAAUUACUCAAUGAAUUCGAGUAUCCUGGAGACACCGCACCAGUUAUUUUCGGCUCUGCUCUGUGCGCACUUGAAGGGAAAAAACCAGAAAUUGGUGAAGAGUCUAUCAAACAACUCUUGAAUGUCCUCGAUGAAAAGUUCGUUAUUCCGGAAAGAAAUGUAAAUACCGAAGCCAUGUUUGCUGCUGAACACGUGUAUUCAAUCCAAGGCCGAGGAACUGUUAUUACUGGAAAGCUUGAGCGUGGAACGUUGAAACGUGGUGACAAGAUCGAAAUCAUUGGUUGUGAUAGGGAAAACACGAAAUCAGUUAUUUCUGGGCUCGAAUCGUUCCGUAAGACAGUCGAGCAGGCGGAACCCGGAGAUCAGUUGGGAAUCUUGCUUAGGGGUCUCGGACCGAAAGACGUCCGAAGAGGUUGCGUUCUAUUGCCCCAGGGACACAAACACAAGGCAACCGAUAAAGUUAAGGCACAGCUCUACAUUCUCAAGCCAUCUGAGGGUGGAUCUAAGGUACCUUUAGCCAAUUACUUCAGUGAGCACGUGUUCUCACUGACAUGGGAUACAUCUGCUUUGCUUAAAAUUAAUGGAAAAGACUUUGUCAUGCCUGGAGAAGCGGCCGAAGUAGAGUUGCGACUAAGUCAGAAAAUGUUCAUUGAACCUCAACAACGAUUCACAAUCCGUAAAGGAACUACAACAGUUGGAACUGGGGUCUUCACAGAAGUAUUACCACCACAAACUGAAGAAGAGAAGAACCCUAAGAACAAGAAAAAGCUGAUGAAGGCAGAGAUGGAGCGACUUGGUUUCAAUCCUUACGGAGAAUUGAUGGAGAAGCGAUUGAAGCCGGACUACUCGAAUUCGCCCAAGGAUAAUCCAGCAGCGAAGGCAUUCGAGGGAGCUGAAGCAUAA